AUGUAUUCUCUGGCCGUACAAGCGGGGUUUGCCCUCUUUCUUCUUCACUACUGUCUCAACAUCAUACACUCACUAUACUUUCAUCCUUUACGACGUAUUCCCGGGCCUAGAUUAUGGAUUAUCUUUCCAGUUCUACGACACAUCUCCGCAGUUCGGGGCAGGUUGGAUCUCGACAUUCCCCGCUUCCAUGCUGUGUAUGGCCCUGCAGUGCGCUUCGGGCGUGACGAAGUCUCUUUCAUCACUCCAGAAGCCUGGAACGAUAUAUAUGGACAUGGGCACCGUCAGUUGCCCAAAGUGUUGAUCUCGGCCAGCAACCCAAUGGACAUAGUCAGCUCCAAUGACGCCGAUCAUACUCGGUUUCGCAAAUCUUUAUCUCACGCCUUUUCCGCUAGAGGGCUGCAAGCUCAGGAGCCUUUUAUUAAUACCUACGUUGACAAGCUUAUUGCCCAGUUGAAAGAGGUUGCCAAGUCUCAAUUGCCAGCGGACAUGGCCAAGUGGUUCAACUUGAUUACGUUUGACAUUAUCGGGGAUCUCGCCUUUGGGGAGCCCUUUUAUGGUCUCGAAAGCACACAGUAUCACCAUUGGGUGGCGACAAUCUUCGAGUCAGUCAAACUCUUCCCGUUUGUCAAAAUGAAAGACACCUACCCGACAGUCUUCAACUUGGUAUCCCUCUUCGUUCCCAAAAGACUCCUGGAGGCACAGAAAGAGCAGAUUGCACACGCUAGGGAAGCAGUAAAGAAAAGGCUCCAUAACUCAUCUGCAUAUAACCGCGGUGACUUCAUGGACUCCAUGUCCCGUAACCGCGGCAAAGAUGACGGCUUGACCGAGGAAGAGAUGGUGGCUAAUGCAAAUAUCCUCAUCAUUGCCGGCAGCGAGACAACCGCCACUCUACUCGCUGGCACGAUUUACUUCCUACUGCGGAACCCUGAUACCCUCGCAAAAGUAGUAACCGAGGUGCGCACCACGAUGAAGACUGAGACUGAUAUCACUUGCAACUCUGCGGGUGCCAAACUUCCCUACAUGUUAGCCUGUAUCCAAGAGUCCUUCCGACUGUACCCUCCGGUCCCGACAGGGCUGCAACGCAUGACUCUCGACUCCAUGACUAUCGCUGGUUAUGACGUUCCAUCUGGCACAAAAGUGUCCGUCCACCCAAUGGGCGCAUCCUGGUCAUCCCUUAACUUCUACGCACCUGACCGCUUCCUCCCUGAGCGAUGGUUGCCGGAAGUGAAAUCCGACCCAACCUCGCCCUUCUUUUGCGAUAAACGUGAGGUCGUCCAGCCAUUUUCUGUAGGGCCGCGCAACUGUAUCGGGAGGAAUCUGGCAUUUGCUGAAAUGCGGCUUAUCCUUGCUCGUCUGUUGUGGAACUUUGACCUGGAGCUUUGCGAAGAGAGUUUGUCUUGGGUGGACCAGAGAGCUUACACCAUCUGGGAGAAACCUCCCUUGAUGUGUAGGUUGUUUUUAAGGGGGGCAUCUACCUAA